CCACAGCUGCACCCUGCCUGUGCCUGUGCCCUGGGGAACCCAGAGCCGGCAGGGGCCAAGGCAGUGGGACCUCGGGGGAGCUCAAGCCUCAACUGUCCCCUCGCUGGAGGCUGGAGGCCAAAAUGGUGUCCACGCUGGGCGGCUUGCAGAGGUACUUCCGGGUCAUCCUCCUCCUCCUCCUGGCCCUGACUCUGCUGGUGCUGGCCAGAUUCCAUCUCAUGGACUUAGAGCUGGUCACACCCCUGUCUGGGGGCCAGGCCAAGGGGCCGCCAGUGACCAACAUCAUGUUCCUGAAGACGCACAAGACGGCCAGCAGCACGGUGCUCAACAUCCUCUACCGCUUUGCCGAGACCCACAACCUGUCCGUGGCGCUGCCCGCCGGCUUGCACCUCCACCUGGGCUAUCCCAGGCUCUUCCUGGCACGCUACGUGGAAGGCAUGGAGCCGCAGCAGCACUUCAACAUCAUGUGCAACCACCUGAGGUUCAACCUGCCUGAGGUGCAGAAAGUCAUGCCCAACAACACCUUCUACUUCUCCAUCCUGAGGAACCCCGUGUUCCAGCUGGAGUCCUCCUUCAUCUACUACAAAACCUACGCCCCCGCCUUCCUGCGCGCCCCGAGCCUGGACGCGUUCCUGGCCUCGCCGCGGACGUUCUACAACGACAGCCGCCUCCUCAAGAACGUCUACGCUAAGAACAACAUGUGGUUCGACUUCGGCUUCGACCCCAACGCGCCGCGCAAGGAGAGCUACGUGCGCGCGCGCAUCGCGGAGGUGGAGCGGCGCUUCCAGCUGGUGCUUAUCGCCGAGCACCUGGACGAGUCCCUGGUGCUGCUGCGGCGCCGGCUGCGCUGGGCGCUGGACGACGUGGUGGCCUUCAGGAUCAACUCCCGCAGCGCGCGCUCCGUGACCCGCCUGGCGCCCAAGACCCGGGAGCGCGCGCGGAGCUGGUGCGCGCUGGACUGGCGCCUGUACGAGCAUUUCAACCGCACCCUCUGGGGGCAGCUGCACGCCGAGCUGGGGCCGCGGCGGCUGCGCGGGGAGGUGGAGCGGCUGCGCGCCCGGAGGCGCGAACUCGCGACCCUGUGCCUGCAGGACGGCGGCGCGCCCAAGAACCACACGCAGAUUAGAGACCCGCGCCUGCGCCCCUACCAGUCCGGCAGGGCGGACAUCCUGGGCUACAACCUCCGGCCGGGCCUGGACAACCAGACACGGCGCGUGUGCGAGAGGCUGGUGAUGCCUGAGCUCCAGUACAUGGCCCGCCUGUACGCCCUGCAGUUCCCGGAGAAGCCCCGCAAGGACAUCCCGUUCCUGGGGGCGUAGAGGGGCCGGGGCCGGGGCCGGGGUCGGGGCCUCCUGCGGACAGCAGCCCCUCUCCGCCGUCACCAGGGAGGCCGGGGAUCCUCGCCGGGCUUCUGGGGCGUUGGGAAACCCAGGCCCGCCGGCCACGGCUCUAAAAUGAAGAGGGUGGAGACCCCAGUAAGGAGCCGCCCACCCCGACGAUCCGCCCAGAUCCCUCCCAGAGAGCGCCCUGAGCCUAGGCGGCAGCCCCUCCCCCCGCCCCCAGGUCCUCUGUUCACUGAAUUGAACUGAACAGGAGGGCGGGGGAGUAGGGGAAGCUGGAUCGCAGGUCAGCACCUGCCCGGCAGGACACGCAUGCCCCUGAGCCCCGGGACUCCCGAGGGUCCUGGGCACUGGGGCUGUGGGUCCUCGGAGGAACUCAGAGUGGCCCCCCUGAAUUUCCCGGCGCUGGCGACAAGGUGCUGGUCCCAGAGACAGCUGCAGGCACAGGCAGUGCCACAAAGACCAGCCCGGAAACGGGGCAGGGGCCAGAGCUCAGCCGCUCCUGAAUAGCUCCCCAUCUUUGGCUGCAGGAGAUUUGGUUCUGAUGGAAGGACGUUUUCUACAGAGAUGGCACAGCUGCUCACAAGACCAGAGCUCUAGCUCGGCUCCACGACCCCUGCUGGUCAGCCCCUAAUGCCCCGUGAAGGAGAGGACAUCUCAUUUGCCAAAGGAGACUGGAGUGGUUGGGGGUCCACAUACCCUUGGUUGCCUUGGAGACCAUGUUGGGUGUGGUGCCAGAGGGCAGCUGUGAGCACCCCUCUUUGUCAUUCACACGAGGGACAGAGCCUCCCUGCCUGGCAGGACGUGAUCCCUGGCUGCCAGAGGCUCAGCGGGUAAAGGGGUGCACAUGCUGGGACCAGCCGAUGCCUGGGGCACGCAGGAAACGCAGCUACUCUGCUGCACCCUCAGCCUGGAGGUUGAGACCCCAGCAGUGGAGCUAGGCCUGCAGGUCUAGGUGUGUCCUUGCUUUUUUUCGGGGGGCAGGGAACCAGUAUUUCAAAGAAAAGAGAGAACUCAAACCAGCAGCAUAGGCAGCUCCCUCGGACCCCAGUGUAAUGGGGGAGCUUCAGGAAGAGUGAAUUUUCAGUGAGAGUCGGCUGUGAAGAAUGGCACGAGCUCCACUGAGUCAGAGUCAGCCAGGGACCUCUGCAGGCCACCCUCCCUCCCUCUGCUCUCAGCCCAGGGAAGCCACAGGAGGGGAUUCCGCCAGGUAAAGGGAGAGUGGCCCUGGAGGAGCCCACGUGCCAACAACAGGAGUCCCAGAAGACAGAGAAGACCACAGAUGAGAAAGCAGGUCACGCCGAGAACAAAACAUUCCCGGACCACACCCAGGGUCGGGCUGCUCAUUCCCCAGGCCCAAUAGCGAGAUGCAGAUGAACUGGGGAAGAAGAGAGAUUUUAUUUCUGUAACUGGUUACAGGGAGAUGGCCCGGAAAUGAUUACCAGACUUAACUCCAGAUUACAGAGUUUUUCCAGAGCUUAUAAACCUUCUAGGCUCUA